AUGGUCACUAGACCGUACCGCAGUAACACCGACUCUGGCACCAACAUCACCGUCAACGCCAGUGGAUCGUUGAGAUGGGUCUCGCCCUCUAGGUCGUCAGUCCGUCAACUGACCACGUCAACGGCCACGGAACAAAGUCGACGACGAGGACUGGGACCCCUUCGAGAUGUCCCCGUGCUGCCGUCCUGGCACCCUUCUACCUUCGAACAGGCCUUCAAGGAGGGUCUACCGGUACGGCUGCCUCGAUCGAGGGAACAUAUCCCGCCCGCGUGCUUCAAGUGGUUCGUGCACGACGGUAACCCAGGGUUCGAUCUCUUCGGGGGCAAGCCACGUGGGGAGAGGCACGAUACCAGUAUGAGUGCCAGGUCCAAUGUCAGGAACGCUGAUACCAACCACGACACCUAUACAGAUUGCCCCCCAAUCAAUGUUCCCAAAUCAUCUGAACUACGCCCCUCCUUCUGGCAAGGAUACAAAUCCACCGUCGUGGCCCUAGAAGUGACGACCAAGCAGGACGGUUCCGACUCGGAGCAUUUCGAACGCCUCGAAGGCCCCUUGGAGGUUCUGCUCGCCCACCUUUCCAGGUCACAGACACUCCCAAAAGAGGAAGAGCAUGUGCCUCGUCUAUCAAUCUACCUGGCACAGAGCGACUUAUCGACACUCCCGCCCACCCUGCGGGAUGAUGUGCCCAUUCCAGCAUUACUGCGAUCAUCCUCUCCUCACGCUACGGAUGGGAGCACGAACAGGAGCAUGAACGGGCGCACGAACGAGAGCACGAGCACGAGCACGAACAGCACAAGGCCCAUCCCAACCAUCAAAGGCGACAUCUACGCCUCAUCCCUCUGGAUGGGCCGUCCACCCACAUACACGCCGCUGCACCGCGAUCCGAACCCGAACCUCUUCAUCCAACUCGCCGGUCGAAAGACGAUCCGACUCCUCCCGCCCGAGAUCGGCGACGCAAUAUACCGUGACGUGAUGAGCACGCUGGGCGACGAUCCCUCCUCCUUCUCGACCAAGAUCAGGGGCGAGGAAAUGAUGGUCGGCCCCGAGAUGAAGGCCCUUCACGAUUGUAUCUGGGGAGAACGGCGCGGCCGGGACGAGGACGGGUACGAGUACAAGUACGCCGACCUACUCUGGAUCCAUGGUCUGGAGACGACUCUGGGGCUGGGCGACGCCCUGUUCACGCCCAAGGGCUGGUGGCAUAGUGUCAAGGGCGUCGGGCCGGGCGUCACGGCCAGUGUGAAUUGGUGGUUUCGUUGA